CCCGCACGUGCAACACCACGACCUCAAUGAUCUGCAAUUACCCUGAGCAGAUCAACACAACACCCUCUCAUCAUACAACACAAUGCAUGACAUAAAGCCAUACACCAUCUCGAUACCCGAUUCUCAAAUCGACAAUCUUCGCCAAAAGCUCGCGCUGACGACCUUCCCGGAUGAAUUAGACGACGCAGGAUGGGACUAUGGGGCGCCGCUCCAGGACGUGAAACGUAUCGCGACGCAUUGGAAAGAUGCGUACGACUGGAGGAAAGCCGAAGCUUCCCUGAACAAAUUGCCCAAUUUUAUGACGAUUAUCGAUGUUGAUGGGUUCGGUCCGAUCGACAUACAUUUUGUCCACCAGAAGAGCGAGGUCAAGAAUGCGAUUCCAUUACUCUUUGUGCAUGGAUGGCCUGGGAGCUUCAUCGAAGUUACCAAGAUCUUGCCUAUCCUGACAGGAGGUGAGAAGAAUGGUGGUCCGGCAUUCCACGUGGUGGCUCCAUCGUUACCAAACUUCGGGUUUUCCGGUGGCAUCAAGAAGAAAGGUUUCGAUCAGCCGCAAUACGCCGAAGUUUGUCACAAACUGAUGCUUGCACUUGGUUACGGAGAAUAUGUCACCCAAGGUGGAGAUUGGGGAUUCGGCAUUACUCGCACGAUGGGCCAACUCUUCCAUCACCAAGUCAAAGCCUCGCAUAUCAACACCGUAGUCUCCGGCCCACCCAUCAGCCUCUGGAACCCCUUCGCCUUCUGCAAAUUCCUCUUCCUCUACGCCCUCAAAUGGUACACGCCAGCCGAGCUUGAGGGCCUCAAGCGCACGCAAGACUACCGCGACCGGGGCCAGGGGUACUACCACCAGCAGACUACGCGCCCGCAGACGCUCGGCUAUUCCCUCGCUGAUAGCCCUGUCGGGCUGUUGGGGUGGGUGUACGAGAAGCUGGGGAUCUGGUCCGAUGGGUAUGAGUGGUCGGACGACGAGGUUUGUACUUGGUUGAGUAUCUAUUGGUUUAGUACUGCUGGGCCCGCGGCCAGCGUGAGAAUCUACUAUGAGGCUGCACGGGACAGCAACAAUGUCUUUGAGAAGGCCAUGAAAUACAACGGAAAAGUUCCGCUGGGCUUGUCGUAUUUUCCAAAGGAAGUAUGUCUUCUGCCACGUGCAUGGGGUCCCACGCUGGGGCCUAUCAUAUUCCGGAACGAGCAUGACCAUGGAGGCCACUUUGCUGCUUAUGAGGUGCCUGAUCGGCUGGCUGGUGACUUGGGAAUUAUGUUCGGGAGAGGUGGGCCAGCGUUUGGGUGUGUGCCUGGAAAGGAUGGCUAUGCAUGAUUGUAUGCAACAUUUAGAUAAGAUGACUGCUCUGUUCAUUGUCACGAUGCAUGAGGACAUGUAACUGCCAAUAAGGAUAUCGAUAAAAUGCGUUAUAGUCAUAGCGAUAAUAUAUAUCAGCUAGAAGGAAAAUCAUUAUUCAGGCGCAAGAUAUGAAGUAUACUGGCCCA